UCAUGCUUCCAUUAAUGUGUACAACACCAUAUGUUAAUUACCCUUAACUCAACCUUUAAUAAUUCUAUAUGCUUCCAACAUCAGCCUAUGUUUUGCCAAUUGUGAAGAAAGAAACCUUUGAUUAAGCUUGUCAGUUUCCAGAACCUAUCAAAGAAGAUGCUAUAACAAAUAAUAUGGAGGUUAUAGCAGAAAAGGAAAUGACUUCUCUGUUAAUAUUCCUCUCCAAGAACAUUUCUUUACUCCAAGACUCUGUCUUUGAAGAGUUUGUAAAGGAAAAUUUAAAAGUAUAUCAACAUAGGAUUAUAUAGACUCUCUCUUCAUUUUCUAAAGAUAUACCUAACAUUAUUAAGAAGCGUUAUGUAUAGAUUAAUAAAACAAAAGAGGAAAUGACCAAGUUUAUUAUAAGAAGAUGUUUUCUAUUUAUAAAAAGUCAAAUUGAGUAUGAAGAACAAGAAGAUUUAUCAGCAGAAGAAAGAGAUAGAUAAUUUUAUCAUUCAUUCUUUUCAAAUGAUAAGGAAUUUAUGAAUGCUCUUGAUCAUUAAUCAAUAGAUGAUAUUAUUCCCUUUAGAAAGGACUCUAAGAUGAAGACUAUGAAUGACACUUACUUAAGAAAACUAUUCGCAUCCAAGAAAUUCUCUAGUUUCUAUUCAAAAUUUCUAAGUAAUAAUAACUAUAUUAUUAGCUUAAUUUCAAUAAAUUUGCAUUCUUGAAAACAAUGAAAAAAUUGAUAAUAUGACUAAACAGAUUAUUAAAAUUAUUAUUACAAGAGAUUUUGCAGUAAUAAUAAAUAUUAUAAUUAAUAGAAAUUAAAAAGUUACAGAAGAUUUCCUUGGAAAGAUAAUGAAAUACUUAAGUGUGAGCAGAGAGCUAAAGAACUCUAUACUAAAUAUUCUACCUAUUCAAGUAAUAAUAACAUUUAUAUUCUAGAAGCCGAUAACAAUAAUAAGUAUCUUUCAAAACUUGAUUCGCAUACUCUAAUAGUUUUGGAAAAAUUCUCAGAAUCUUAAGAAUGA